UCCCUCCUCUGAUAUCAUUGGCCUUUCCAGCUGGGAGGGAGGGGAGUCACAGGAAAUGUCCCUGGGAGGGCAGAUAAGCUGGAGGAAGAAGCGGGGUAGCUCGAAGGACGAGGAACAGGUGGAGCCUCCCUCACCUACAAAGGAGCCAGAGGGAGGACUGGCCUGCUGGAGGCAGCCCUGCAGGCUGAGAGGGACUCCCAGAGGGUCCCAGCACAGAGCCGCACUCACCAUGCCGCUCUGCCUCGCCCUGCUUCUCCUGACGUGGCUGUCUGCCCCCACUGUGGCAGGUGACAAGAAACUGGCACCUGGUGGCACUGAAGCAGGGUCUUUGGUAACCGAGACCCUGGAGGAAGGUGUUGUCCCCAGCAUUCAGCUCCAGCUUCAGGAGGUGAAGAGGGACAAAGCCAGCCAGUUCUUUCCGCUGAUGGGAAAGCAGGCGGGAGGAACAGCCAAGCAGCUCAGCCACACGAGGACAGUGGGGAGUGUCUGCAGUUCCACUGAAGACCCAACACAGGAAUACCUCCUUUCCAACCAAAGAGAAAAAUGGGCAGAGGAUGAGGACCAGGGGCCAGAGUGAGAGCCCCCAUCCCAUGCUUCCCAGAGGAUGAAAACCCUUCUCCAUACCUGGACGCUACAGCUGACCAGCCGGCCAGGCCAGCUCUCUUCUCUGUGUCUGUCCUGUGCUCAACACCGGCAUGUCCUACAAGGCUCGCAGUGAACACCGUGGGGCUCCUUCCAGGACUCUCGGGCUCAAGAAGCGGUCGUGCAUAAAUGGGCACUGUUGACAGUCUCACGCUGGAGUGAGCUUGUCCUCCCUCAGCACUCUUAUUUCAUUGUGUAGGAUGAGUCUGCCCCCCCCCCCCUCUCUAUCUCCUAUGCCCAGAACAUAGUAGGGGCUCAAUAAAUGAAUGAACAGUGAUGGCUUCUUCUCUAGUACAGGGCAGAAGGCAGAAGUGGCCUGGGCUCUGCACCAUGCUCAGCAGUUUGUCACAUCAGCAGGCCAGGAGGCCUUUCCCAGAAUUGCAAAGGGCAAUACUAACAGCCCUGGUCCCCACCCUUGAAUGGGAAAACAGGUUUGCCACACAGGUAAGGGCAACAGCCCCAGCCUGAACGCAGACACACUCUCCCGACUCAGUCAUGAUCUCAAGGACCCAAAUCCAUGUGUCUUCUGAUUUGGAGAAUUAGAUCCCCGGUCCUUCAUCCAUUCUCUUGUGGAGGGUAACUGCUGGGCUAUGGGGACACAGGCAUUCAAACGAGCUCCAGAGGAGUGAAACACUCCCCCCCCACCCCCCCCGCCCCAGGGAGCCCCAGCCUGAUGGGGAGACCAUUGUCCCUGCCCAUUGGUUUAUAGGCAGGUGAGACAGAGGACCCCAGGAUGCUUAGAAAGGGGCCUAUCAACCAAAGUAAGCUCCUAGAGGGCACACUUAGGUAAUAAACAUCAAGGUGUUGAAUGAGUGGGGAGCUCUGUGGGUUCAGCAGUAAAGGAGGUUCAUCAAUUCACUAGGCUACAUAACAUUGACCAUCUCUGUGUCCCUCUCCAAAAAGGAACUGGGUGAUGUUUUAGGGGAUCUGAUUCUUGGGGGGACAGGGUGGCACUAAGCUAUUUAAAAGGAAGGGAAGAUGAGCCCUGGCCGGUGUGGAUCAGUUGGUUGAUUAGGUAGGUUAAGUUCCAAAAGUCUGCCGCCACCCACCCCCACCCCCACCCCCAGCAUUCUGGUCUCUCAAGAGGCUCUUUCCAGGGCACAUGCCCUGGUUGCAGGCUCAAUCCCCAGUAGGGGGUGUGCAGGAGGCAGCCGCUCAAUGAUUUUCUCUCAUCAUUGAUGUCUCUCUCUCCCUCUCUGAAAUCAAUAAAAAAAUAUUUAAAAAAAAAAUAAAGUAUAUCCCAAGAGGAAACUCCACACCCAUUCAAGAGUACGGGGUCCCCCCUGGGAGUGAGGAAAAUGUUUGGGAACUAGAUAGAGGCCAAGCUUGGACGACAUUGGGAUGUACUAAA